UCUCUCUCUCUCUCUCUCUCUCUGGGUUGCAUCUUCUACUCCACUGUAGCCCCAUUUUCCUUAUUUUACGUGGUCCAAAUCAACGAAAAGAUAUCAAAUUUUUGAAUCUGUAGCUCCAAAAGUCAUGUUCCGCACCAGAGUCAGCGAUUCCAAAGAAAUGAACACCGGCAGGGUUAUCGUUGAAAAAGGAUUUGUAUACGAAAAGGAAACGCAUCUGACAGUUAUGAAAACCUCUCUGUUCUUCGCCGGCGAUGGCUUCGCCGUUUACGAUUCCAACGGCCAAGUCGUCUUCCGUGUUGACUCAUACGGUCCAGACAAUCGUGACGCAGGUGAACUCGUUCUCAUGGAUUCCUCCGGUCGUUGCCUCCUCACCGUUCGCCGGAAGAGACCAAGUCUACAUCAACGGUGGGAGGGUUUUAUAGGUGAGAGGAUGGAAGGUGAUAAGCCGAUAUUCAGCGUGAAGAGAUCUUCGAUCAUCGGGAAGUCAAACAUGACGGUGGAGAUGUUCGGCGAUCGAUCGGAGGAGUACCAUAUCGAAGGAUGCUUCUCUCAGAGGAACUGCACGAUAUAUGAUUCGGCGAAGGAAACAAUGGCGGAGAUUAGACGCAAAGGGGAUGCUUCGACAAAUGUAAUGCUUGGAAAGGACGUAUUCUCGCUCACACUGAAACCAGGUUUCGAUGGUGCGUUUGCAAUGGGAUUGGUUCUGGUUCUUGAUCAGAUCAACGGUGAUGAUGGAGGUGUUGAUUUAGACCCUACCGCUGAAGAAUGCAGUUUGUCUUCUUAGUUAAAUUUUAUUUAAUGUUAAAAUGGAAAUAAAGUUUGAAUUUCUCAAGUAUAUUGGUGGUUUUGAAAAAAUUGGUACCAUUAAAUAUCAACGGCGUGGAUAGGGGUCGCAACGGGUGGGUGUAGCUGAUUCUACCUCACUUCUCGCCUCAUUCCACGUUAUAGUAGUGUCCAAAAUUAAAUUAUAGUUUUUUACAUACAGUUUUGAUGUGGUAAAGUUGUGGGCCGGUUAUAAAAUAUGUGGUUGUCAAUCCUUAUUAAAUUAUAUCUUUUGUAGGG